GUCUUUAAUCAGAGACUGGAGAGGCGGGCCGAGGUGCUGACUGUAAUGCGAUAGCUGCGCCCGUCCUUAAUGCUAUUACAUCCACAUGCUGCUGCCGCGCGAGACUCAGCGCUCAACGCAGAGACGCGCAGUGCCAAAGAGACAGCGCGCGGAGUAUCUCUAUCACAAGACUUCAGUUACGGACCCUCUGCACUGAAGACCUUAUCCGAGCUGCCCUUUUCUUGCAGUUUUGCGCCGUGUACAGUGUUUCCCACUCGAGCGUUUGCUGCUGGAUUCUGUGGGGACAAGACCGGGAAAACCCUUCAUGUCAGCUGGAUUUGAAGGCGAGAGAAAGCUCACCUUACUCCCUCACACGCUGCUACAGCUCGAGGAAAUCAAACCAGAAUACGUUUUCGGUCUGAACUCUGGCUUUUAGAGAGAAAGUUGUUUAGUUUUAAUCGACCGUUUUAUUUCGUUGUUGCUUUUUUUUUUAAAGGAUAUAACUGGAGAUGUUAAACAGCUAAGUCUGGGUUGAAUUUACGCAUCAAGCAUUUUGAAGCACAUCGAGAAAACAGGCGGAAGAAAUUGUUAUCAGACUGAAGAUACAAGUGGAUACAUCAUCAGUGGACAAGAACAUUUUCAAAGAACAUCACAAGAACUUAAGCAUUUUGUCUACAGACUCUGGGUGAACAUCACCCGGAAAAGAUGGAUUUAAUCACAAAGCUCUGUGGAUCUUUACUCGUCUUGUGUGCGACAUUAGUUUAUGGAGAGGAAGAGCCAUGUGGUGGGCAUUUGGAUGCCAGUGACGCAGGAUACAUCACCACACCCGGUUACCCACUGGAGUACCCACCCCACCAGAACUGCCGAUGGGUGAUCACAGCGCCUGAACCAUCGCAGCGUAUCGUCCUAAACUUCAACCCGCACUUUGAGCUGGAGAAACUGGACUGCAGGUAUGACUUCAUUGAGAUCCGGGAUGGGAACUCGGAGAGCGCUGAUCUGUUGGGGAGACACUGCAGUAACAUUGCACCCCCUGCGAUCAUCUCCUCAGGCCCUGUUCUGCACAUCAGAUUCGUCUCUGACUAUGCCCACCAGGGGGCAGGUUUUUCGCUGCGCUAUGAAAUCUAUAAGACAGGCUCCGACUGUUCCAGAAACUUCACCAGUCCGUCAGGUGUGAUCGAGUCGCCCGGCUUCCCUGACAAAUACCCCCACAAUCUGGAGUGCACCUUCAUCAUCAUCGUCCCUCCUCACAUGGAUGUCACCCUCACCUUCCUGACUUUCGACCUGGAGAACGAUCCCUUGCAGGGCUCGGAGGGCGAGUGCAAGUACGACUGGCUGGAGGUGUGGGACGGCCUCCCGCAGGUGGGACCUCUGAUUGGGCGGCACUGUGGUACCAAAAUCCCCUCUGAAAUACAAUCCUCCACUGGUAUCCUCUCUCUGUCCUUUCAUACUGAUAUGGCCGUGGCCAAAGAUGGAUUCUCUGCUCGCUACAACAUGACGCUCAAGGAGGUCAAUGACAAUUUCCACUGCAGUAAUGCUCUUGGCAUGGAGUCAAACAAGAUCAGCGAUGACCAGAUUUCUGCAUCAUCCUUCUUUUAUGAUGGGCGAUGGUCCCCCAGACAGGCUCGACUUAACUUUGAAGAUAACGCUUGGACGCCCAAUGAGGACAGCAACAAAGAAUACAUCCAGGUGGACCUGCACUUCCUAAAGGUCCUGACAGGCAUCGCCACCCAGGGUGCAGUCUCUAAAGAGACACACAAGUCCUACUUCGUUACCUCUUUCAAGCUAGAGGUCAGCACUAACGGAGAAGACUGGAUGAUCUACCGCUACGGCAAGAACCACAAGGUUUUCCAUGCGAAUGUAGACCCCUCAGAGGUGGUCCUGAACCGGAUUCCCCAGCCUGUCUUAGCUCGGUUUGUCCGCAUCCGACCUCAGGCAUGGAAGAAUGGAAUCGCAUUGCGCUUCGAACUUUAUGGCUGUCAAAUCACGGAUGCUCCAUGCUCCGAGAUGCAGGGAAUGCUCUCUGGUCUCCUGCCAGACUCCCAGAUCUCUGCCUCCUCCAUGAGGGACAUCCACGGGGCAACAGGUGCAGCCCGGCUGGUGGCCAGCCGCUCAGGGUGGUUCCCCAGUCCCACGCAGCCCGUGGCUGGUGAAGAAUGGCUGCAGGUGGACCUAGGAGUCCCUAAAACUAUACGGGGCAUCAUUACACAAGGAGCACGUGGGGUGGAUGGCAGUACCAGCGCGGAGAACCGGGCCUUCGUGCGGAAGUAUAAACUUUCCCAUAGUUUGAACGGGAAAGACUGGAGCUACAUUAUCGACCCCAAAACCAAUCUUCCAAAGAUUUUUGAGGGUAACACACACUACGACACCCCAGAGAUCCGUCGCUUUGAGGAGAUUGUGGCCCAGUUUAUCCGAGUGUAUCCAGAGAGGUGGUCUCCCGCCGGCAUCGGAAUGAGACUGGAGAUACUGGGUUGUGACUUGCCAGAGUCUACCACCAUUCCUGACACUGCAACACCUACCCUCCCGCCUCACGAGGGGACAAGUAGUGCCCACAGGACACCAGCUCCCACCACUCUCUCGUCUCUGGGUGGUCUGUGUGACUUUGAGCACAGUAUGUGUGGAUGGACCCAUGACCCCAUGUCCGAUCUGAAGUGGUCUCUGUAUAGUUCCUCUAGUCCUAGCCUGGACCUGACAGUGGGAUCUGACAAUUUUGGAAACUUCCUGUAUGUGGAGUCAAGUCCUAAGUCAGAGCCCCAGCGUGCACGGUUAAUGAGCCCGUCUGUGGGACCUGAGCGCCGCCCCGUCUGUCUGCUCUUCUACUACCAGCUGCAGGGUGAAGGGCAGGACAGCCUCCGUGUGCUGCUCCGGGACGAUGACCAGGAGGAGACGCUGCUCUGGGCACUGAAAGGAGAUCAGGGGCCCAUGUGGAGGGAAGGCCGCACCAUCCUGCCUCAGUCCCCUAAAGAAUAUCAGGUUGUCAUCGAGGGUUUCUUUGAGCGUAGCAGUCAAGGACACAUCUGGGUCGACAACAUCCAUAUGAGCUCCAGCAUCGAGCUUGAGCAGUGUACACAACCCUUCGCUGCAUUCCCCCCUGAAAUGACUGGGGGAGCCUUACCUGGCUGGAGCGACCCCACUGUUGACACGACAGUGUCCCUGCAGCCCAUGCCCACCUACUGGUAUUACGUAAUAGCUGGAGGUGGCGCCAUUUUCCUCGUAGGCUGCAUCACGUUGGUCAUGGUGCUGUGUUGCCAUCGCUACCACAUGGCGGCCAAGAAGAGCCAGCACUCGGUGUCCUACCAGAGCACGUACACGGGACAGUACACAGGCGGCAGCGCCCCCGGUGGUCUCUCCGGACCUGGGGUGGAGCCGAUGCUAACAAUUAGAUUAGAGAAGCAAAAGGCCUGCUCCCAGUGUUGAGACAACUCCAAUGAACCGCUUCCUCCCACAGGACAUCUAGGUGGUGUCCUUUAAGGUCGAGGAUGAGGUGAAGAAUAUGUGGACACCUAAGCACCAGAGUUAUCAAGUUUUCUGUGACUCUUUUGUGGCACUCCAGUGCUGGGAAGGAGGAGAUCUGCUGAGCCGAAAUGACAUCCAGCCAAAAUCCUUACUGGCAGGGACCCCCUUUCCCCUUCUGUCUCUCUCUCUCUCUCUCUGUAUGGAUGGGAACCUUACUGUGAAAAGCUCUAAUCUCCUGUUCAUGACCAGUCCUAUUGUACAGUCAAGAGAACUCGGCAGCAUUGCCAAACUCUGAGGAGAAUCUGCGAACAGUGGCAACAAAAAGGAAAACGUUUCCUUGCAUGUGUGCCGCAUCUCAUGUAAACAUAGGAACACUUGAGGCUUGAAGAGUUUGACAAGAAGUUUCAAAGAGACAAAAGCAUGAACAUCGAAUACUCUGGGACACAUGUUCCAUGUCUCUUCAUAGGAUGUGUGUGGAAGGGUUAGGUACCACGUAAUGUACUGAAUUUUUAAACUCCUGGUAUCUCUACAAAUUGCUUACAUUAUGAGGACUGGUCCUUUUAUCUUUCUCUAAGAGCUUGAGUAGAGCAGUGGAUUCACUCUGUUCCAGUGAUCUGUUUGGUCUCCUUUGACUACUGAAUGAAGCUUCUUAAAAGCAUUUUGAAGGCUGUUUGUUUUCCAAGAGUUAAUUUUGAGUAUCUGUCAGUAUGUGUCUAUAUCUAUAUAUAAACUCUUCUUUUCUGAAAGUCACUGGGGCUUUGGCACUUACAGUACGUCUGAAGAAAUACGGUAUGUUUUUUUGCCUAUAUGCAAAGGUCACAUGACCCCGCCUUAGCCAGCCUACUCCUCUGAUUGGCCGACUGACUGACACAACAUUGGCCUUAAGAUGCUUCAGUGGCAUUGGGUUAGUUCAAGCCGAUCACUGUUCUCAUUUAUUAUUUAAUACUUUCGUAUUCAUGCUCAGCCGAGAUGAACCGAAGUGCAUAUUCAGCUAACUGAUGCACUGACUUUAUUUUUAUAGCUAAUGCUAAAGCGGUGUGUUUGUGUGUUGUUUCCCCGGAGAUUUUGAUUACACAUAGUCUUGUAAAAGAGCAGAAGCGGAGAGCUUUGUAAAUCUGCCAAAUGUCAGACAGUGCAAGAGCGCUUCGCUAGCUGAUUUUGCUUCAGGGAACGAGUUGGCACGUUAGCAUGUUAGUUGGAGCCCAUUUCCAAGCCCACCUCCUAUAGUGUCACUCAGUACACCUGCUGAUGUCUUACUGAAUUACUAACCAACCUCUUAUCUGUAAGUUUUGGGGAGCUUUUUGGCAAUUUAUCAGUCGAGUUAGCAGACAGGGAAAAACAUAAUUAGCAUUUUGUGUUAUUAGCAUUAUUUGCAUAUGACAAUCUUGUUACAGAUUUUUUUUCAUCUUUUAACGUAUCAAAGGCAUAUUAUAUACGCAGGAGAAAGUUUUAGAAUGCACUUCAAAAUAAUUUUCCCUGUGUCCUGGUGCGAGUAUUUGCUUUAUCUCUUUCAUGUGCCACUUGAAACGUAGCGGUAUACCUCUAAAAAGAAAACCAUGCUAUGGUCUGCAAUGUUCUGUGCAAGUACAUAGUGUUCAGUGUUCUCCUCUGUACUAAACAAACACAAAAAAUAGGCGCCAUCAGAGCUCAGGGUGGAAAUUCCCCCAACAAAACAUUUUCCUCUUUACACAUAAAGACUCUGAGGCUUCAUCCAUUACUGAAAGCCGAAAUCUGUCAGGCGGGCACGUCAGAUUUUGGCUUCAUCUAAAGCAACUGGGAUGAAAGGAGAAAGUAAAUCCUGAUAUCUUGUUAUGUCCUCCAUCUGGCAAUAGGUGAAAAUAAUCCCCCAUCAUGGACGGGCUGGCCCUUCUUCGCCCGUUUAUCUGCUCUUCACAAAAGAAUGUGUGUGUAGAUGGAAGGCGAGAUCAAAGAAAAGCCUGCUCUAAAUAUAGACCUCCUCUGCAAAAUCCAGGGUCUGAAGGGGUUUGUUUUAAACACAAAAGCACAUGAAAGAUCCCCGGAGACAGCAAGAGAGACCACCUGACCCGGCAGGCCCAUUGUAGAGUAUUGUCUCCUCUUUUCCCACAUAAUCCUCUAUACAGUAGAGUGUGUUCUGGGGAGAUGGACACACAGCAGCUUUUCAUGCUAGACAUCAAUUCAGCUCAGAUUUUGAGUCAUGUGGUCUCUGUUGCAUCGCCAUAUUGUGCAGUGUCUUGCUUGUUUAAGGCAGAAUUAGCGAUAUGCAACACAUUUCAAUGAGUUUCUGUGCCCCCCAGUUUCAAUGCCAAAUUUGUCUGUCUUGUCUCGUCUUGAGGAAUUAUAGCAUUUGAAUUACAUUUUCCCUUGUUUUGAGCAAGAAAAGUCCUGGUUCAUAUGCCUGUGUGGUUAAUGUAUGAAUUUAUAUCAAGCUUUUAAUUCUAAAAAGUCGUGAUUCCGUAUUUAGUUUUUUUAGUCUGGAUGUAUUAAUUCAUUUCAGUUAAUUUCAGUCUCAGUUUUUCUCUUUGCUAUUUAAUCUGAGUUGCUUAAAAAUGGCAUGUCAGCUGAUCAUAAUAUGUUUUCAAAUCUACUGUGGCCGAGACUUCCUUUGAAUAUUUCUAAUUAGGUAAUGGACCAGAUAACAUUUUAUUAAGCCUGUUGUAAGCAUUCUUGCUGGGAGUCUUUUCCUUUUGCUGUCUCUCAAAAGAUAUUAAUGAGCAAAAGCACUCAGAGGGGCCUCAUAUGAUGCCAAAAGUCUGUCUCUGAUAGGACCUGCACAAAACAGCAUAUGCUCUCACCCCUCUUCAGAGACAGAGACAGGAAAAGGUGGUAGACAUCUAGUGUCUGUCUGGAGAAACUGAAUGUUAAUGUGCAAAAAAUACUCCAGGUUGUAAACUGUAUAUGUUUGCAUAAUAAAAAAGCAAAAUAUUCCA